AUGAGCAGAGCAUGUCACGAAAAUGUCUCAAAUAUACGCGAUAGCAGCGUGUGUUAUGAUGAAUACAAUAAUGAGGAUUUAUUACACCUAAACAAAAAAAUAAAAAUAAAUAAAAAUGAUUUUUAUAAAAAUCCCCAAAAUGGAUAUAAAGAGCAUAAUUGUUAUGAACCGUUAAAUUCGUAUGAUAUAUUUCCUCAUGGAGGUUUGUAUUAUUACGAUAUAAUUAUUAAAGACAUUUUAAAAUAUGGGUUUAAUAAUAAAAAUGUAGCAUUAAAAUAUAAAAAAAUAAAUGAAAAUUGUGAUAAUGGAAAUUAUGUUUAUUUGGGUGCCGGUGUGUUAAAGAAAGAGCAAAAAAAUAAAAAACAUAGAGACAAAAAUAAAAUGGUUUUCAUAUUUUUUGUUAACGAAGUAUUGUUGAAACGUUUGAGAAGUAAAGAGAGAAAACAAAUAAGAUGGAAAGAAAGAGAAAAGCAUAAAAAAAAAAGAAAAAAAAGAAAAAAAGAAAAUUUGGCAAGUACAUGCUCCCCAGAAAAUAACGAAAAUAACGAAAAUAACGAAAAUAAUGAAAAUAAUGAAAAUAAAAAUAAUAGUAAUAUUAAAAAUGAUCAAUCUCAUAAUAUUCUUAAUGGUGAUAUAAUAUAUAAUCCAUCGCCCAUAAAGGAAGAUGAUGUAAAAUACCAAGAUAAAAAUAUGGAUACCAUUUUCGUAAAACGGAAAAGAAAAAAAAGAUCCAAUAAUAGAUUAAAUGAUAUUACCUAUAUAUUAAAUGAAAAAAUUAGAAAUAAAAAUAUGUUUGUAAAAACAAAAGGGUCUUUGUUUUGCGAGUAUACAUAUUUAAAUGAAGCAGGAGUAUGUACAGAUGUGAAUAGAAAUCAAAAAUCAAUAAAUUUUGAAACGUUUUAUAACGAUCCCGCAACUAUUGGUAGAAACACUACCCCAUUAACUACAAGUGGAUAUUGCAAAAGGGAUAAGACACCAAAAAGAUGUGCUGAUUAUAGUGACAGUAGUGAUAGUAGCGACUGUGAUGAUAGUAGCUAUUCCAGCGAUUGUAGCGAAGAAAGCAGUUUUUAUGAUGACCUUAUGGAUGGAGAUGAAAUGAUUAGUGCACCCAAUGUAUACACCGACAAAAAUAAUAUAUUCCUAUUAAAUAUUUUGCACCAUCAAAACACAGUAUAUUCCGUUAAAUGGAAAGAAGGAAUAAGUGAAAAUGUUUCAAUCCUAGUUUCUAUAUGUUAUGAUGGAUAUAUGUAUAUAUGGAAAGAACAAACAAAUUGUGAAAAUAAAAUAACAUUUGUUUCUAUUUGCAGAAUAUAUAUUCUGUAUUUUGAAAAAAUUGUAAGUAAUAUUAAAUGGUGUUGGGUAAAAAAAGAAAAUGAAUCUGAUUAUUAUAAUUUUAUUAUGAACAACGUUACCACAUCUAAUGGAAAUAGUUCUAACAAAAUGAACAUAACAAAAAACGAAUAUUUAAUAGUAUAUGGUUGUAAAAAUAAAUCAUUUAAGCGAACAAAUUUGGAUAUUACUCCCUAUAAAAUGAAAAACAAGAUAAAAAAUAAAAUAAAAAAUUGUAUUUAUUUUAGCGAAUUUGAAAAUACAAGUGAUGAAAAAGAUUUUAUGAUAUUUUCAGUAUAUGCAAUAUUUAAUAUAUAUAAUAAUAAUAUAUAUAUAAAAAAUAUAUUAAACUAUGAAAAUGUUCCAAUAAACAUAAAUUUUAAUUAUAUUAUAAAUGCUAAAAUUGAAUACAAUUUAUUAAAUACUUCACUAAUUUCGAUAUAUACUGAUGAUACUUAUAUUCCUAAUAAUGAAUAUAAUAUAAAAUAUGGUGAAUGGAAGGUAAAACGAGUUUGUGAUUAUUUAAAUAAUUUCUUAUUAAAUAAAAAUAAUUCUAGAAGUUAUCAUAACCAAUUAAAAAAAUCAUAUAUUUCAAAUUUUAUAAAUUUGUCUAGUUGUAGUGACUCAUCUUGUUCAUCAUUCGAUCAAAAUUAUAAUGAUGAAAAAAAUAAUCGAAGAAAUUCAAGAUAUAGUAUACAUAAUCUUAACAACAAUCCAAAUAAACGAGGAAUCAGAAACAUCAAUUAUGAAAGCAAUACUAGUAGUACUAGAACUUCUGAAAAAAUAAAAGAAAGAAAUUUUAUAUUUUUACAGAAGCUUUUAAAUGUGAUAAACAAUUUAAUGCCUCCCUUUUCGUUAAAAAUAUCAACAAAAAAUUCUGAUUUUUAUAAAAUUAUUAUUAAACCAAAUGAUAUAUGGAUAAAAAAAAAGAAAAGUAUAGGUGUUCGUUAUAUACUUGAUUAUAAAAAUUAUGAACGUUCCAAAAGUUAUACAAAUAAAUAUUUUUUUUUGAACAAAGGAAAAAAAAACAUGAAUUCACAACUUUUUUAUAAUAUUGAUUUUAAUAAUAAUCAAAAUGUACUUAUCAUGGUAGACAAAUUAAAUUGUAAAUUAUAUCUUUAUGAUUUUUCAACUUGCAUAAAAUUAAAACAAUGCACAAAUUUUGAUCCAUAUCCUUAUCAGGAAAUACAAAAUAUAAAAAUAGAUGAAGGAAUUGAAAAUAAUAAAUUUGUUGAUACGACCAUAAAGAGUUCCAUAAACAAUCACGAUGUAUCGAACAAUAUGGUGACAGAUGUCAAUCAUGAAAAUAAUAAUGAUGAGAAAAAGUCAAAACGAAAAACAACAAAAAAAUUUUCUCUUAUAUGUUGCCUAAACAGUAUAUAUAUAGACAAAUAUUAUAUUUUAAAAUACAAAAUUUACAAUUUUUUAAAAUUGAAAACACAUUUUAUUUACAGCUUUUCAAACAAAAUUUGUAAUUAUUAUGAACAUCUCAAAACAAAUAAAAAAAACACAAUUUCAGCAAAAGAAUUUUUAGAGCAAAAAAUGCUUAUUCCUUUAGUAUAUAAAAGUAAAAUGAUAGAAAAUUUGGAUUCCUUUUUUUUAUUAAUGUGUAUUGAUAAAAAUCGUGAAAAUAUAUUUGUGCUAAAGUCAGAAAAAAUUAAUAUUGUUCAGAAUUUAAAAAUGAUAUGUAUAUUUGAUGAAAAUAAAUGUGAGGAAAUCUCUAACUCACAAAAUAAAACCAUACAUUUCAAUAUGAUAAAUGAAAGAAAAAGCGAUACAAAAUAUGAUGUUAAUAACAAUUAUGAUGAUGAUGAUGAUAAUACCAUGGAAAACAAUAGAUAUUUAAAUAAAGUUAAACAAGAUAUCGCACAAGUAGAAAGGGUUAGUUUUAAAAUUACAGAUUACAUGAUAAAAGAUUUUCAUUUAACUAGUAAAAAUGAUGAGAAAGAAAUUUUAUUAACCAUUAAAUAUACAUACACUACAAAUGAUUAUGACCAUAGUGAUAGUAAAAAAAAAAAAAAAAAAAAUGCUUAUUUGCUUAUAAUAUCAACAUUACAGAUUUGUAAGGAUAAUUUUAUUUAUAUCAAUCUCAGAUUAAGAAAUAUGUUCACUUUUUUUAGUCCAAUAAAUGCCAAUUUUUUAUUCUCCUAUUUUUAUUUAUCCUACCAAAAUGUAUAUAUAAUUGCCACAAAUCAUACAGAAGCAUCACAUACAUAUAAUCAUGAAAUUGAACAAAAUGAUAAUAAAAACAUUAACAAGGAAAGGAAUAACUAUUUCACUGAUUAUUAUGGAAAGCAUGACGAGAUAAAUAAUAAAAAAAAACAUAGCAUAUCAAGUAAUAACAUUGACAAUUCUGAAAAUGUAAGCAAAAAUCGUAGCAGUAUUUUCUAUGAAAAUAAUUAUGAUAUAUUUAAAAUGGAAGAAGAAAACUCCUUUUUUUCAUUUGAAAGGAGGAAAAUGGAAAUUGUAAAAAAUGGACACACCGUUUUAGUUAAUUUUGAUGAUAACGAUAGAAAUAAUAAUUUUGGGGAGGAACAUAUUGAGAAUAAAAAAAAACAACAAACAGAAAAUAAUGAUCAUAUAAAUUACAAGAUAAAUAAAAAUUUUCAAAACAAAAAAUAUGUUGUUAAUUUCUAUCUUAUAUAUCCAAAUAAUGAAUUAAUUAUUAACUUUUUUCAAAUUCAAAAUAUAACCAAUAUUGUGCAAAUUUGUUUAUACGAUAAUUUCGUUUCACUGAUUACACACAAGAAAUUACAUAUUUUUAAUUUUAAUAACAUUUGUAACAAUUUGAUUAAUGAUGAAGUAAGUUUUUGUGGAUCAAUAAAUUCUAAUAAGAGAAAGGGAAUUGAUAUGGUAUCUCUUUCAUUUCCUAAAAUAUUGCGAAAUAAAAUAAAAAGUAAAAUAUUUAUGACUUGUUCAGGCGAAAAGGAUGUAUAUUUUAUUGUGGCUAGCUUUUUAGUAAAUAUAAAAAAAAUAAACAAGUGUAUUAAUAAUACCUAUUUGCACACACAAAAAAUAGAAGAAAAAGGAAAUUAUUAUUACGCGUCAGUAAUUUUAUUUAAUAAUAUUAUGGAUAAGAACAAAUGGAAUAUUUUAAAAUAUAAAAAUAGUUAUCUUAUUUUUUCAAGGAAUAUAUAUUUUUUGGAAAAUAAUUUGCUUUUUUUGAAAAAACUGAGUUCUGAAUAUGAAAAGACGAUAGUUAAUCGAGGAAGAUUGGUUGAAGAUGAAACAGAAAAGGAAGCAAUAGAAAGUUGCAAAGAUAAAAUAAUAAAUGAAAAAUCGAAACCCCAUUUUAUUGUAGAUAACGAUGAAAAUAGUUACAUAAAUAGCCAUAGCAAUUCACUGUCGUUCCAGAAAAUAAAUUUGUUUAGAAAUUAUAAAAAAUAUAACAAGAAUAAAAUGAAUUCACAAUUAAAACGAAGAAAAACUAAAACAGAGAAAUCAUAUAGAAUAUUUUAUCACCCAAUAAAAUUAUUGAAUUAUAUAAAAAUGGGUUUGUUUUCACAUGUAAAUGUCGCAUUAAAAUUAUUGUUAUAUAUAUUAUUAAAUAAAUUAUUUAAGAAUAAAAACAAGUAUCAUAUAAAAAAAUCAUGUUCUCUACAUUAUAUAUUUGACGAAAAAAAAAAAAUGGAAGUUUAUGCAAAUAUAUUUGGAGAUAUAGCAUGUGUAAAAAAAUGUCAAUUUUUAUUCGAUUUAAAUGUUAUUAAUACAGAAAUUGAGAAACUAUAUAAAAAUAAUGAAAAAAAAGGUUCUUGCAUUUCAAUGGGAGAAUCGAAUAUUAAUGAAAACAAGUUAAUAAAAGAAAAUGAGAAAACAAAAAAAGAGGAUAAUGAUAAAUCGAUAUUUUUUUGGGACAACGAUGCGGUUUCGCUAGACGAUUUUAAUUUAUAUUCAGAUGACAAUGAUUCAGAAAAAGAAAAAAAAAAGAACUCAGAAGAAUGUAGCAAUGAAGAUAAUUCUUCAUCCUCAAAAAAAAAAAAAAAAAAUGAUAACACAUUUAGCAGUGACGAAUGGGAAGAUGAUGAAGAAACAAAAAAUGAAUUUUCAAAAAAAGAGGACGAAGAAUAUGAAAAAGAAGAGAGACAUUUUAAAAAUUAUUUAAAAUAUUCAAAUGUACUAAAUUUACAAUUAAAAAUUGAAGAAAUAAAAAUGCUUCAAAUUUUGAUACUUCAUAUGAAUAUUCCACAUUUAAAUUAUUUUUUCCAAUUGUUGCUUUUUUGUAUAUUAAACAGUUUUUAUUAUGAUUUAGAGGACGAAACUAAACCAAGAGAUGACAAAGAUUACAAUAAUAGUGAUUAUGAUAAUAGUGGUAUGGAUAGUGAUAACAGCAAUAGUCGAUCCUCUUAUAAAUCUGACAAUAAAAAUAAAUCACAGUGUCAUUGUGAGAUGUUUAAUUUUAAUAUAAAAAAAGAAAUAAUUAAAACUGAUCAUUUUCAUAUAUUCAAUUAUAUAAAUGAUAGUAAGGAAACUGAUAUUUCCUCAUCCCUUGAUAAUUUUGCUCAAGUUGUAUCAUUUUUUUCCCGUUUAUAUAUUAAUUGUUAUUUUUUACUUAACAUACAAAUAGAUAUGCAUUAUUCUUAUUGUUAUUUCCUUUAUUUUAUAAAUCAAAUGGUAGGAAAAAAUAUAUACAAAUAUUUGGAAAGUUUUAUAACCAAUUAUAAAUGUUUUUUUAUUAUGUAUGUUACAAAAAACGAUCUUUUGAGUGUAGAUUUGUUUAAUCCGACUUCUAUUUCAGAAGAGAUAAAUAGAAGAAUGGAAGAAAGGAAAAGGAAAAUAAAAGCAAAUAACAAAUAUUAUAAUAAUAUGGGAAGUGUAAUAAAUAAUUCAAACCAAUCAGCCAAUAUGCAAUUAUGUAUUGACAUACGUAAUGAGCUAGAAGAUAGUUUUGACAAUAAUUUAAUAAAAAAAGUAAAAAUAAAAAAGAACGAUGUGAAACAAGUUAGCUUUAAGGCUAGUGAUAGAAAUGAUGAAGAAAAUGGAGAAAACGCGAAGGUUUUUGAGAUAAAAUUAAAUAAUAUUGAGAUAACGAAAAGAGAAUUUUUUGAAUUAGAGACAGACAACAUAUUAAAAUAUAGUUUGUUUAAUUUAUUUAAAGAUAUGAACAUAUUUUAUUAUAUGCAUAAUAAAGAAAUGUUAUUUUUUAUACAUGAUAUAUUAGUAAACAGAGUAAUAAAAAAAAUAAAUACAAUAAAUAUAGAUGAUAAAGAAAAGAAUAAUGAAUUCAAUGAAUGUAUGGAUUUUUUAGCAUUAUUAUAUUUAGCAAAAAAUGAAAAACAAAAAUUAAUGGUAUUUUACAAAAUAAAAAAACAAAAUAAAAUAUAUGAUUUUUUAUCUAACGAUUUUAAAAUACAAAAAUGGAUUAAUGCAUUAUUAAAUAAUGCAUAUAAAUUAAUGCAAAUAAAAAGAUAUUAUUUAGCUAUAGCAUUUUUUAUAUUAUUGGGAGAUGUAAAAGAUAUUAUUGAUGUGAUUCACCAAUAUUUACGUGAUACUCAAUUAGCAAUUUUUAUUAUAAGAUUGAUAUAUUUUUCAUAUUGUGAAACAGAUGGAAUAUAUAAUAAUACAAUUGGUUGUAUUAGUAAUGAACAUGAAAUAUUUAAAUAUAAUCCAAUUCUUGCAAAAAAUACUGGUUCUCAAUCUAAUGAGCAGCUUACAUCUUUAAGUUUACAACAAAAUGAAGAUAAUGAAAAUAGUGAUAUGAGUAGUAAUGUUAGUUUAAAGAGUAUUAGCAUAGCAAAUGAAAGCAUAUCUAAUUUUGGUGGUUCUAUACAAGAUGGAAAAAAUAUAGAUAUAUUUUCAAAUUCAAAAGAGAGUAAUAAUAAAAUUGCUAAAGAGAGUGAAAGUUUUGAAAACAGUAUAGCCAAUUUUCUUCCAAAAUAUUUAAAUUAUAUAUUUCAAGUCAAGUUAUCUAGAGAAAAAAAAAAUGAGUUUGAUAUGUGUGGAUAUGGUAGCAUAGAUAGUGAAAGUAGUUGUAGUGUUUAUAAAAAUGAAUAUUAUUAUGAAUUGAAUAAGAACAAAAGUGUUAAUAAUAAAAAUGUUUAUUUUAAUAUUAUUAAAUUUAUUAUUUUGGAUAAAUAUGAAGAUGCUUAUACAGAGUGUGAAAAAAGAAAAACAAAUGAUUUUAUGCAUAUUAUUAUAAAAAAUGUUAUAAAAAAAAAAUUAUUAAAAAAAGAUGUCGAAAAUAGUGGUAAAUUAAAUCAGAAUAUUAAUAAUCAAAUAAAAAAUUCAGAUGAUGUUUCAAAUAAUUUGAAUGUUAAACUUGAUAUUGCUGAAUUUUAUUUUUGUUCUCAAGAUUUUUUAAAAAAAGACAUGUACAAUUUAUCUUUUAUUUUUUAUUUUGUUUUUUUUUACAAUACAAUGAAAGAAGAGGCUCAAUUAUGGAAUAUUCCCAACGAGAUGAAAACAGAACAUUUAAUAAAUUCAAAUAACUUAUUCCAGUUUUGUAAACAAUAUAAUCCUUUGUUUGUUAUACUAUUUGAGAUAUAUAUAGAGAGGUAUAUUAUUAAAAACCGAAAUAUAUAUUCUAUGCUUUUUUUUUCAACGAUUUAUAAGCAAAUGUGUUAUAAUAUUUUAUUAUAUAAUAAUUUUGAUCAAAAUGAGAAAAAAAAAAUAUAUGAUGACGAUAUGGAUAAUAUAUGUGUUAAUUUUUUAUCACAUAUCAAAUUAUUAUCAAAGUUAGUAUAUUUGAUAUCUUUUAGAAUAUACAAUAGUAAGAUUCAAAAUGAGAAUUAUUUAAAUAAUAUUCAUCAAAAUGGUGGUAUAUAUAAUAGUGAAGAGAAUGUUAUUACACAUGGUGGUUGUUUUUUUUUAAAUUACACUGGAUCUAAAUUUAAGAGCACCUCUAAAUUUAAGCGUGUAUCAGAAAUGCACCGAUAUCCCUCGUAUAGUGCACUACUAAAUAAUGAAGAUAUAAAUUUAUUUAAAAAUAUGAACACACCAAAUGAUAUAAUGGGAGAAUAUGAUUUAUAUUAUGAAAACUCGUUAGAAUUGGAAAAUGAAAAUGAAAACAAGAGUAUUGUUAUUCCGUUCAUAAAAAAAAUAAAGAAUAUAGAAUAUGUAGAUAGUUUUGGAAAAAGAAAAAAUGUACAUAUUUUUUUAAAUAAUUUUUUUAACAAGCUUACAUAUUUAUGCAAUAAAGACAACAAAUAUGUAAUAAAUUCAUUUAUAUUGUAUGACAAUUUUUGCAACGAAGAAAAAAAAGAAAAUAAUUGGAGCGUCGAAGAAUACCAUAUAUCCUUAAAUAAAUAUAAUAACAUUUUAAAUAAUUUCUUUACAUAUAUUUUCUAUUUAUAUAUUAUUAAUGAGAAAAAAAAAAGUGAUGUUAUGAUAUUUAUUAUAAGUAAUAUUACUUCUAUCUUUUUUAUAUAUAUAAAUGAUAUAGUAAGCAUAAUUUUUUAUUUCUUAAAAAAAAAAAAAAAAUCUUUGUUAUAUUUGCAUGUUCCUUUUCUUCAAUUGAUAUUCCUUCGAAUCAUUUUAAGCACCUACUUUGUAUAUGAAAAAAGGCAAGAGAAAAUGGCAAAGCAGAGGAAUCGAAACAGGGGUGGAAAUAGAGACAUGGCCAGAAACGUGGAAAUGGCCAGAGACGGCUUACAAGUUUCGGGGGUUAAUAACAUUUCAGAAAAUUGUGGAAAAGAAACAAAUGAAUCUGACUUAAAAGUAAAAAUGGAUAAUUCAAAAUGUCAUAACACAUAUAAUAUACAAGAAGAUAUAUUUUUUUCAAAAAAAAAUAUUUCAGAUAUAAACAAAAUGGGAAUAAAAAUUAAUGAAAAAUAUUUUUUUUAUUAUAUUCAUUUGAUUGAUUUAUUUAUAUGUUAUAUCAGUGUAAUGGUGAUAUGUAUAAUAAUGUUAAAAAAAUAUUACCGAUUUUUUGAGAAUGGUGUUGAAAUAGAUAAAGAAAAUAGCAUGCGAUUUGAUGGAAAAUAUAACAAAAUUAAUAAUGAGAAUAUAUAUGGUCAUAAUAAAAGAAAAACCCUAAAAAGAUUAUUCGGAAUUUUACAUUUAUUUUUAAAAAAAAUAAAAAAAAUGAAUUGGGAUGUUGAAAAUGUUUAUAAAAGAAAAACAUCUAUCACAACAGUCCUUUUGAAAUUUAUAAAAAAAAUUUAUUUAUGUAAAAAAAAAAUAAAUAACAAGAUAAAAUGUAGUUAUAAAGGAAAUAACACAACAAAACAACAUAAUGGAGCUGAUAAAAGUUUAUCUGAAGAAGCACAAUUUUUUUAUAAAUAUAAUAAUGAAUGUACAAAUGAGUUGAUUGAAAAUAGAGAAAAAGAUGUAACAAAAAAAGGAAGUAUUGUUUCAAGUUCUGAAAAAGGAAUAAAAAAUGAUAGUAAAACGAUUGAAUCUGAAAAAAUGAAUAAUGAAAAUAUUUUACAAAAUAAAAAUUUGGAUGGUUUUGUUAAUGGGAUGGAUCACCAAUCUAGUAUAAAAUCAUGUGGAUAUUUACAAAAAGUAGACAAAUAUUCAUUUUCUGAAAUUUUAUUUGAACGUUUUUGUAUUAUUAAUAUUUUUCUUUCAAUUUUUGAAUUAUUAAUGAGCAAUUUUCAAAUAUUUGCAUAUAAAUCGAAUAUAUUUACUUGGACCAUACAUUUAAAAAAAGAAUGGGAAUUAAAAAAAACCAAAAGGAAACAAAUAAUAGAACAGUUAUCUCCAUUAAAUAAAAUAAAAAUAAAUUAUAUUGGAAAUAAAUUAAAUGAUAAUAUAAAUAACCAAAAUAAAUCGAACUUAAAAUAUGCAAAUUUUGUAUCUAUAAAUUAUAAUAGAGCAAAUAAAUAUACACAUUUAUUUUAUUAUAAAACAUGUAUAAUGCUUGGAGUUUUAGAAAAUAUAUCAAAUUUUAUAAAUAAAUAUUUUUUCCCAAAGUUGAAAUUAUUAUUAUAUAAAUCAGCAUAUAAUGUAAAAAAUACACUAUUGACAUUUUUAUCAUUUCCAUUUUUUAUAAACAAAAUAAAAACAAAAACACAUUUUAUAACAUGUGAACAUUUUAUAGAUUCUCACAUUUCCUAUUAUUAUAACAAAGAGUUGUAUUUUAUUUGGAAAUUAAAUAACUGUACAUAUAGAACGUUUAUUUUAUUUUUUAAUAAAUAUUUUUAUUCAUAUAACAAUUAUAUGAACGAUCAAAUACAUUCUUAUAAAAAUAAAUUAUUAAUGAAUAUUGCAAAGAAUAAUUUAAAACUAGACGUAAAUUCAAAUGGCAUUUGUGAUAUGGAUGAAAAUAAAAAUGAAUUUUCCUACAAUAUGUAUGAUCAAAAUUUGACUCAAAAAUAUAAUCACCAAAUAGAAAAUGAAAAAAACGUUUUUAAUAAUUGUAAAGUUAGUAACUUACAUGAUGAAAAAGUUACCAAUUUAUAUGAACGUUCUUAUCGAGAAAAUCAAUAUAAUUAUAAUUAUAAAAAAUUUUAUGAUUUGUAUAAUAAUGGAUUUCGAAUUUGUGAAAAAAAUUAUUUAAUUUUGCCAAAUGUCAAUAUGGAAAAAAAUGGCGCAGCUUAUAAUCGCUCCAACUUUUUAUUUAAGAAAUCGAAAAGUCAAGAUAAAUUAUUUACUUUUACAUCUCGAAUGAAUUUUUUUAAAAAGUUUAGAAAAAAUGUAGGCCCAAAAAAUGUAGACCCAAAAAAUGCAGGCCAAAAAAAUGUAGACCCUCAAAAUUCAGGCUCCAAAAAUUCGGGCCAAAAUUAUAUGACUAGUAACAGUACCGACAUGAGUCCUUCGGGUACACAGGUUAACUCAAAUGGCACAUCUAGUGAGUCAGAAAAAAAAAGAGAGAGAAAAAAAAAAGAGAAUAAAAAGAGAGAGAAAAAAAAGAAAGAGAGGAAAAAAAGCAGUGUGUAUAACUCAGUGGAAUAUGAUAACAUUUUUAAAAUAAAGAAUGCAAUUAUUAGAGAAAAUAGGUUAAUAAUGGAAGAAGAUAAUGAUAAUGAAGAAGUUAUGGAUAAAAUCGUAAAAAAUAACAGAUACUUAUAUAUUCAAAAAAAUAAUAUACAAGAAAAUUAUGAAAUUCGUAUGAAUGAUAAUAGUAACAUGUGUACAAACGAGCAAAGUUAUAGUAAUUCUGAAGCAAAAGAGAAUGACAUAGAUUCGUUUGAUUUGCAUCUACAAAAUAGUAAACAAACUGAACAGAACCCACAAAUUAGUAAUAUUAUCGAACUAAAUAAUAAGCAUAAGCAUAGGCAUAGGCAUAAGCAUAAUAAAAUUCCACAUACAAUUCCAUUAUCACUUCUUUUUAAUAACAUAAAUGAACGACAUGUUAUAGAAAAAGAUAAAAUAAAUAACUCUAGUAGUACUAUCGUAUAUAUUCGUAGAAAAAAUAAAUUAAAAAAAAUUUCGAUUUUAGAUCAUUUAAAAAAACUUAAUAAAAAAUGUCAAUUUAUUAAUUAUAUAUUAUAUAAUGAUUUACAUCAUGAGUAUCAAGAUGGGUCAAGAAGGUCUCGAGUAAAUGUUGAUAGAGUUGAAAAUAGUGUUAAUAAUAAAUAUAUAGAUGUAAUAGAAUCUAAACAAAAAAUUAUAAACAAAACUGAUAUUAUAAAUGGGAAGAAUGAACUUAUUAAAUUAUCGAAAGAUGUAGAAAAUGAAUCAAUAAAUGUUAAUCAAAAUAAUAAUAUAUAUAAAGAAAAUAAAAAAAAAGAAAAACAUGAUGAUAUAUAUAUUAAUAUAAAUAUGAGCAAAUUAUUAUAUAUAUAUAAAUGUAUGCAUAUACAAUGUAUGCAUAAUUUAACACCUCUUUGUUCUCUUUUAAAUAACUAUAUACCAAAUGAUUGUAGUAUAACAAAUUUUUUUAGCAAUUCAUAUAAUAACUAUUUUGUUAAUAAUAUAUUUUUUCACAAUUUUUUUUAUACCUAUGAUAAUAAUCUUGUCUUAUUGCUCAAUUCUGGAAACAUUGAUCCAGUUAGAUAUACAUCUACAAAAAAUACACAUCAAAAUUUAUCCCAAUUUUAUAAUGCUAAUGAAAAACACACACAAAUUAAUAACCAACCCAUAGUUAAGAAAAAUAAUUAUGAUGAAAAUAUAUUUCUACUUGAUAAUACAAAUAAAAAGAUGAUAAAGAAUAUACAUAAAUAUCAACCUGAAUAUGAAAUAAAAAAAAAUUUCAUUAUUUCCAAAACAGCAAAAAAAUAUAUCGAAAAAACAUUACUACUUUUGUAUAACAAUGUAGAUUUAAACGAACAAGAUAAAAUAAAUGGAAAUGACAAAAGAGAUGAAGGAAAAAAAGAAUUUGAUAAUUUAUUUGAAUAUAUAGAUAAAAAUUUAAAUAAUUGUUUAAGAAAAAAAUAUAAUUUUAUUUAUAAUAUUACAGAUCAAAAAAAUAAUUUAUCAUAUUUAAAAACGGGUGCAAUAAUAUCACAUCCAUUUUUACCUGUUUAUGCACUUGUGCAUAUAAAUAAUGAAAAAAAAAUAAAUACAGAUAAUGAAUUAGAUAAAUAUAAAUUUAAAAUAAGAUUAUGUAAAUUUACAAAUAAAUCAGAUGAUAUAUCAUAUAAAUAUGGAAACAUUAUUACAAGCGUUUUAUGGAAUACGAAUGGAAACUUAUUAAUAAUUUCUGAUAAUCAGGGCUAUUUAUAUAUUUAUAAUAUAUUUUUGGGAAAUUUUAUACAACAAAAAAAUAAAAAUAAAAAUAAAUUACAUAAUAAUCAAGAAGGUGAUAUCACAGGAGCAAAUACAAACGUAAAUAACAACGUGAAUAGUUUAUCUUAUAGUGUUAAUAAUAGAAAACAAGAUGUAGUAAAAAAUAUAUCAAAAGGUAAAAAAAGUAGUUCUAAAAAUUGUAAUAAAAAUGAAGCAUAUCAAGAUAAACAAAUAAAUUAUUAUAAUAAAGAAACAGAUGGAAAUGAAGAAUAUUUUCACUAUGAUGAUGAAGAAGAUGAUGAAAAUAAUGGAGAUGAUAAUGAAUAUGAAUGGGUAGAACAAUAUAGAGAAGAUUUAAAAGAAGAAGAAGAGGAGGAAGAGGAAGAAGACGGAGAAUUAGAUGGAAGUGAAGAAUAUGAUGGUGCUGAUGAAAUUGAAAAAGAUGGUGAAUUAGGAGAAUUUGAUGAGCAUGUUAAACAAGCAAAAAAUAUAGAAUCUGAACAAAAAAAAAAUGAUAAUAAAUAUAACAAUUUUACAAGUAGUGAAACAAAAAAUUCCAAAAAGAAAAAAAGUGAUGAUACUAGUUUUGGAAGCAAAAUAAAAGGAAAUAAUAAUAAAAUAAAAAAUUUUUUUAAAGAUAAUUUUUUAAAAAAAAAUAAAAAUAAAAAUUCAUUAGAAAAUAGUGAAAAAAAUUGUGGAGGAAAAAUUAGUGAAAAAAAUCAAGAUGGAAAAAAAAAAAAAAAAAAAAAAAAAAAAAAAAAUAUAUAUAUUCAUAAAAAAGGAUAUAUUAUAAAAGAAGCUAUGUGUAUAGUUAAACUCCAUGAUGAAAUAAUUGAUGUUAAAUGUUUAGAUGAUAAUAAUUUUUAUUUAAUUACAAUUGGAAAAGGAAUAAACACAAAAUGUAUAAAUAAUCAUACAGCUUAUAUAAAUUCAAAUUAUGAACAAAAUGAAUAUAAUAAAAAUAAUCUAAUUUCUUCAAAAGAAGAGACUGGAAAUGUGGAAAAUAUUAAUAGUCAAGAUCAUUUUUCAAAAACAAACUUAACAAAAGAUAAAAAUAAUACUACCUUUUAUCAUCCCAAUUUUGGUAAUACUAAAGAUGUACGUCAAAUUACUAUAUCUCAACAUUUUGAUAUAAAUAAUGAUGGUAAUAAUUAUGGUAAUAAUAAUGAUGGUAAUAAUGAUGAUAAUGAUGAUGGUAACAUUCAAAUAGAUCAACGAAACGAAUAUAACAACGGCUACUAUUGUAAUGAUACAUAUAAUAAACAAGAUGAACAAUCUUUUAAUAUGAUAAAGAAAUAUAAAGAUUUUGAAAAAUUAAAUAAUUCGAAUAAUAAGGAAAGUUGUUUUGAUCAAUGUUAUGAUAAUAGAAAUGAAAAAAAAAAUGAUUUAAAAAAAAAAAAAAAAAAUUAUAAAGAGGUUGAAAGGAAAAGUGCUAAUAAUAUUGACACAUUUUUAAAUCUUCAUGUUUUUAAAAAAAAACAUUCAUAUUUUAAAUCUCGAUUUUUUUAUUUUGAUUCACCAAAUAUAGUAUUUUUUAAUAAACAUAAAAAAUUAAAAAAUAUAUUGCAAGAAAAUUUAUGUAUAUGUGUGUGGGAUCUAUGUUCGAUGUUAACAAAUGAACAAAAGAUAUAUUUAUUGAAUAAACAAAAUAUGAAUGAAAAUAAAAAUAAAAAUAUUUAUGAUAUAGAUGGGAAUGGAAUUUCGAAUAAUAUAAACCAAGUUGGGGAAAAUAUUUCAAAAAAUAAUAAUAUAAAUAAGGAAAAAAAUAAAAAAUUGCAAAAAAUUAUUUUACACCCAACACUUGUAUGUAUUAUUAGUAAUAUAUCAAAAGAUAAAAAUCAAAUAAAUAAAAAUAAAAAUUCAGAAAAUGAUAAUUUUAUAACUUGUUUUUGUUCUUGGAUACGUCCUACUAAUAACUACAUGCAUAAGAUUGAAAAUCUGUUUGAAAAAGAACAAGAUGAAAAAAUAAAAAAACAAAAAAAAAAAAUUAAAAAAAAUUAUUAUAGUGACCAUCAAAUUGUGAAAAGUUCUAAAAUACAAACUCAGAUUAAUCAAAAUGAUUUUCAAAAUAGUAGUAUAAUACGUAGUAUUAAGCAAAAUAAAAAUAGUAAAAUAAUAAUAAAAGGUAAAAAAAAAAAAAAAAAAAAUAUAUUUUGGAACUUUUUCAAAAAUAAAAUAUAUUCAAAUAACUUUUCUGGAAACUCUUAUAUAUUUUAUGGAGACCAAAUGGGAUAUGUACACAUUAUUCAUUUGCAAAAAUAUAAAGAAGUUUUAUGUUUUAGGGCUUUUGACGUUCCUAUAUUUAAAAUAUUUAUAACAAAAACGGAUGUGGUUACUAAGUUGUUAAUUCUGGCGGACACCAAACUGCGAAUAUACGAAAUCGUGACCCCACGUGAAAUCUGCUUUAUAAAGGAAGUUGAAAUAAAUCAUGAAUUGUCUCCUAAAAAAUGUAUUUGCGAAGAAAAUUUAAAUGAAUUAAAAGAAAAAAGAAAAAGUGAAGAGAAUGAGAAUGAAGGAAUGUCGAUAUUUAAUUUGUCAUAUUUUUUAUCAUCAAAUUAUCAUAAAAAAAAUAAUAAUACAAAAAGUGAAGAAAAAGCUAAUUUAAUAAAUAAUAUAUCAAAAAAUAAAAUAAAUUCUGAAAACCCUAAUAGUUUAAAUGAUACAACAUCAACGAUUGGUAACACAACACAAAUAAAAAAUAAAACAAAUAUAUCAAAAGAAUCUUAUAAUAAUGUUAUAUAUAAAAAUUCUGUAAGCAAUUCAUCUUUUAGUUCAAUUCAUAAUUUUAAAAAUGUUUCUGAAAGUGAUGAUGAUGAAAAUAGUAACAAAGAUGCUUAUCAAAGUGUUAUAAUUGGAGGUAUAAAUUUUGGAUAUUUAGGUCUUAAUUUUUCGAAAUUUAUUAAUAAUAAAAAAAAUAAAAAAAUAAUUGAUGCCUAUUUAUUAACAAACUCACAUUUAGUUACUAUAUCAAGCAACGGGACAAUCAUUUUGAUUAAAAUAUAG